AUGGAGGAUUCUUCGGUAUUUUCUCGUAGCACGCAGGAUGUUUCUUCAGCGAUAUCACUAUAUAAUCUAUCUGCUGGCGAAGAUGCGUCUAUGAAAGCAGUAUUGGAUUAUGAACCCAACGACGAAGUACAGGGCUCUGUGAUCUCGCGUCCACUUUCAAGAUCUUCGGUGACUUCGUCUCUAUCAAUGGUUGCUACAAAAGACGGUAUAGAGGGCAGAAAUAUCCAUCGUCAUGGCAUUCCUCAGUAUUCGUUGAACUUACUGAGCUCAAUGGCCCCUCCUAGCAAUUCGAAGACUAAAAGCUACUCCAAGCAGCAACAAGGAAUCCCUCCUCACUUAUCAAACCCAAAAUCCUCGGCAUUGUACUCUGAAGAGCAGAUGGAUUCCAUUUCCCAUUCAGACUUGUCGACAGGCGCGCCAAUGACUCUCAAAGAGAAAAUGAAGCUGCUCAACUACAAAUCAGCACCUCUGCAGUACACUUCUUCUGCAGAAUCGCUCCAAGAUCGUACGGAACGGUCCCAAAUCGAUAGUCAACGUAGCAGUCACGGAACAAAAGAGGGACCAAAGUCCAUCGUAGCAGUUGCAGGAAGCGAAACCAACAGCAACCAUAGCACCAACGGUGAUGACUUUUCGUACUUGGGCGACGCUAAAGGUCUACCUCCAGUUUUUGUUUCGGUGGAAAACGACCACGAAUAA